CAACGUCAAAUUGACAAUUGAAUACGAAUACCUACGAUCUCGACUAUUCUCUCAAUUUAUCAAAUCAACGAAUGAAACGCUUUAUUUUGCUUUUCUUGUUUUAUUUUGACAAUGUGAAACCAGUGCAAAUAUAAUUAUUUGAGCACAUUAUAUCACGCAACACAUUAUAUUAACGUAAUGCAGAGAAAAGCUGCACAUUAUUGAGCAGUUACACUCGAUGUAAGUGCACAUAUAUAUUCAAAGAUACUUUUGUAAGCUAGAGUGAGGAGCUUUUACGCAGUAUAUUUAUUUUGUCUGCGGAAAUAUAACAUUAACAGAAUCAUGAACCAACAAGGCUUAGAGGAUAUAGAAAUGGCUAGACAAAUGACGACAAACGGGUGCUACAAUAAAGCCUUUGAUUUGUACAUUAUGGCUUUCGAGAAGAAUGUAGCAAUUAAAUCAGCUUAUGAAAGUGAAUUCCGUAUGGUGAUGACUCAAUUGAACGAAGUUCUGAUGACGGCCAACAAAAUGGAAGAUGUAUUCAUCAACUACACGCGCGCUCUAAUGACGUACCCCAACAGCAUUAUUAUAUUAAAUGACAUGGGCAAAUUCCUCUUCAAAUGUGGUUUCUACGAAAAAGCUUGGGAGCAUUUUGAGGAGGCACUAAAUUUAGAUUACACAUUUGUCAAUGCAGAAAAAAAUUUUAAUUCCCUCAAAAAUCUUCUUGUUGAGCGCUGGCACUUUAGGAUGCUUAAUGACAAGGUUCGAAACGAAGCUUACCGUGCUGCAAUACAUGAGACAGUUAUACCUAGAGUUGAUACUAUUCUGGACCUGGGAACAGGCACUGGCCUGUUGACAGUGUAUGCAUCUGAAUGCUCCCCGAGGAUCACAACUGCUUGUGACGGUUCUAAAGUAAUGAGUGACUUGGCAACUGCAAUCACCCAAGAAAAUGGGUGUGAACACUGUAUCAUUGUCAAUAAGCUGUCAACAGAGAUGCAGUUACAUGAGGCAGGCGGCAAGAGAACUCUGUUGCUCACAGAGGUAUUUGAUGCAGGAUUAUUUGGGGAACAUGUUCUUCAAUCUCUAAUCCAUGCUUGGGAAAACAUGCUGACAGAUAAUGCCAGGGUCAUCCCCAGCAAGGCAGAGUUCUUUAUAAUUGGUGCCAAAUGUGAUUUCCUGCAUAAAAGAUAUCAGCUGUGUUCACCAAUCAAAGAGAUUCUGAAUGUUCAAAAUAUGAAUGUGCAUGUCUUAACCUUUGAUGAGACAUAUGAUUGUGAAGAUGUACAUUUUUAUGGAGAUGAUAUCAAGUACAUGACUGAGGCCAAGUCUCUGGUGUGUGUGGACUUCAACAACUGCCAGGAGUUGAAGAACCUAAUAGAGAUGGACCAUUGCGAGGUUGAGAUGGUAGUGCAAGAAACUGGUGAGAUCAAUACUGUGAUUGGCUUUUUUAAUUUAUAUUUGACAGAUAAUGUUACUAUAACAACAGACCCCAGAUCUGACCGGAGAGCUAAUGCAUGGCAACAAGCCAUCUUUUAUGAUAAAAUUCCUGUGCAGGUGGUGGAAAAUGAUAUUGUCCCAAUGUACUUUUCUCUAAAUGGUGGCAAGUUGACUAUGUACAAAGAUGAUACUAUUAUCAGGAUUUCCCCAGAAACAAUCAGAUUCUUAAAUGACAUUGAAUAUGUAAAUGCAAUAGCUGCAUGUAUCGGUACUACCUGCAUUUAUCUUGGCCAGAUGGCAGAAAUGUCUCAAAUAACUGUAGUUGAUUUGUCUCCGUUUCCUGUGUUUGGCCUGCAUCUGUUGAUGAGGGGCGCAAAGUCACUGACUUGCUGUGCUAAAACUGACAGUGAUAAAGAAUUUUUCGAAAUAGUUUUUGAAUGUAAUAAUGUCCCUUUGUCAAACAUAACUAUUUUGAUAGGCGAUGAGUGGACACAAGAAGGCUUCAAGGAUGAAAAGUACCAUGCUAUAUUUUGUAAUAUUUUUGAAGUUUGUGGAGAAAUUGACUUGCGCUUGAAAGCAAUGGCUGAGCACUUGAAACAACACCAUCUUAUUCAGGAAGGGCUUUUCUUGCCGGCCAGCAUUAAGCUGAUGGGACAAAUAGUCAAGAGUAACUGGCUGGAUAUAAACAACAAAUUGUAUGAUGAGAAUGUCAGCAAUUACAAGAUAUCCAAGCACUUAAACCCAUACCAAGUCACACAGAAUUUUUGCAUUGACUUCAGUCAUUUGGAGUACACUCCAUUAUCAGAUGUCUGUGUGUUUGGAACAAGUGAUAGUACAGAAGGUGUGGAAGUAAUUGAUGUCCCAAUAAUAAAAGAUGGAUUAGCCAAUGCUGUAUUGUGCUGGUAUAUAAUAGAACUAGUACAAGAUUUGAGAGAAGUGACAACUAAUAGGAAAAAUUGUUUUAUUGAUGGAAUUGUAUUUAUCACUGAUCCGAAAAUUCGGGUCUAUCGUGGACAAUCCACUCCAGUACUGAGGAGCGUCGACUCUGACGGCGCAUUUAAAUUGACAAUGCAUUUAGAGGAGUAGAAAAGACUCAGAAACUGUUUUUGACCUAUCAUUAUGUGUAGUUAUAAAAUAUCGGAAUGAUCUCAAGAAUUUAAUUAUUUUUUAAGAGUUUUAUCUUCUUUAGAAGAAUGUCUAGUCUUUAUUGAUUAAUUAUUAUAAAUUCUAACUGUCUAUUUAUAAUAUUUGUAUUUGAGUUAAAAAACAAGUGAUAAGUGGGAUUAUUGGAGCUUAUCUUUUAGAUAGCUACUAAGUAAAAAUAUGGACUAAGAAAGACAAUAGGCUAUGGAGAGCUGAGAUGCUCAGGGCCAAGUUAACUUGUGCAUGUCACAUGCAUGUAGUUGGGUAGAUUAAUAGUAGACUGCCCUUCCUUCAGAACUGAUCUGUCACUACAAAUGGAAGGGCAUGGGUGAUAAAAUCUUAUAAGUAAUUGAAUUGUUGCUGAAAUGGAAUAUCAAAUAAAGACACGGGAAUCAAUGCGAUAUUUUUUACUUUGGGACUAGAAACAAAGCAAAUGUGGGUUGGAAAAUAUAAAGAGACAGGUUUCUGUCUAGUUCUAUAAUUAAGAGCAGAGUUACAAUGAAAUAAAUCUAUAAUAAUACAAUAACACUUUCGAGAACCAUUUGGAUUCAUUAGAUAAACACUCCACUACAUAGAUUCUCAUAUAUUAUUAAAUGUUACGUACGAUCGAUGUUAGAUGUAAUCAAUAAACCAUGUCAUAAUAACCGUAAUCAAUAAAUUAGUUCUUAUAACAGUUUAAGAAAAUAAUUAAUCUUUAGUCUUAGUAAAAACAGUUACAGUAACCCAUGUUCGCAUUUCCGAUGACGUAGAUAUUGCAUAUUUUAGUGCAAAAUGUUUUUAAAUGAAUUGUUAAUGUUAUUAACGUAGUAAUAAUGAAAAAAAUAGGUAAUAUCUAUUUGUACAGUCGUUUUAACAUAACUCUUGAGCAGUAUAGACAAGAUUUUUGUGCCAAAUAGGUUGCUCCUCAGUCGUUAUUUCGUAGACAUAGGGUGCCGUCCAUUAUUUGUAUGAAACUGCUUUUUUUAUAUAAUUUUUUGACAAAGUCGCAUAAGACAUGAACUUGUAUGUUUGUAAACGCACCCACUACACAGGAGAAAAUCCUAGUGUGGGGAAACUUUAUAAAACCCUCUAGACAUCACAGGUUUUUCGAUUCGGUAAAGUUCUUUAGGUAAGUACCCACCAUUUUAAAAUUCACCAAAUUGACAAUACUGCUCUUGAGUCUUGGGGUACCUACUCAUACAGGAUAAGUACCUAUUUAGUAUAUUUAAAUUCAAUUUACUGCUUAUAGUACUACAAUAGAGCGACAACAAUGAAUUACUAUGCUAUUAUUCUCAUUUUAUUAUUGCAUUUAUAUGUGCUGAAACACUACUGAACAAGCUUAGAAAAACUAAUACGGUUCCUUGCUUUGCGAAUCAGAUAAAGCCAGUUUUAACUUAGUUAUUAGAAUCCGUCAAGGAUCGAAUUUGGCCAAUUGCUGCGAAACGACGAAUUAGUAAAACGGCCUGUCUGUCGCUCACCGCUUCAGUAUUUAUGUAGAAAUAUUACUACAACACUAUAAUAAGAUGUUAAUGUAGCAAAAUGUACCUACCCAUUAAUAAUUAUUGUAUUCACUGUAUUUUGUUAUUCGUUUAUAAAGGAUUAUUGUAUGAUUAUUUUAGUACUUAGGUAAAUAAAGUACUAAAUGUGCA